AUGUACUGGGAGGAUGCCAGCUCACGGGUCACUAUUAUUUCCACGAUACGCGAAGCACACAACUCAAUUCAGCAGAAUUUGCCGGGCAAUGAAGGUAAUAAGCUCGAAUCCAUCAACGAAGAUGGUUUUAAUCACGUCAUUGUGCAGACUUUGCCAUACGAACCACAUGGAGAGAAUAUUAUACCUCGCAGUCGGUGGGUAACAAAUAGAAGUUGGCGGAAGAAGCUGAUGGCCGAGGCGGUCGAAAUCGCCAAGCACCCCGGUGUUAAUAGACCAGAAGGCGUGGAACUGGCAAGCGUGUGGAGAACGGUUUUGGAUCAGUCGAGUUGA